CGGGAACACUGAGAUAAAUAGGAAGAAAUCCACGUAGCUAGUCUUGCAUCGUAAUUACAUGUCCGCGAGCGGUUUCUCAUGGAUCCGUUUGUUUAAAGAAAGGCUGCUUUAAUUAGGAACAUAUAGGCGUUCAUUGUGGCGGGGAAACACGGAUAAAAAAAAAUAACAACACACUGGCUCUGUUUGUUGAAAGGGAGAGGACUAAAAUGGAGCUGGAAGACGGAGUUGUGUACCAGGACGACCCGGGGACAUCAGCGAUGAUGUCGGAGCGGGUGUCGGGCCUGGCCAACUCCAUCUACCGCGAGUUCGAGCGGCUCAUCGGCAAAUACGACGAGGACGUGGUGAAGGAGCUGAUGCCGCUGGUCGUGGCCGUGCUGGAGAACCUGGACUCCGUGUUCGCGGAGAACCAGGAGCACGAAGUGGAGCUGGAGCUGCUGAAGGAGGACAACGAGCAGCUCAUCACGCAGUACGAGCGGGAAAAGGCGCUGAGGAAGCACGCGGAGGAGAAGUUUAUCGAGUUUGAAGACACUCAUGAGCAGGAGAAGAAGGAUCUGCAGAACCUUGUGGACAGAAUGGAGUCCAACUCCCGUCAGCUUGAACUCAAGAUCAAGAACUCUGCAGACCAGAUCAGCAGGUUAGAAGAACGAGAGGUAGAAUUAAAAAAGGAGUAUAACUCCCUCCAUCAGCGGCACUCAGAGAUGAUCCAUAACUACAUGGAGCACGUGGAGAGGAUCAAAAUGCAGCAGAUAAGUGAGACGUCCGAGUCGAGCAGCGUCGGUCGAGUCAGGAGAGAGCGGCCUCUCUCUUUGGGGAUUUUUCCUUCCUCUGGAGGAGCAUCUCUGUUAAUCCCAGAUUCCCACGCUGGAGCGGAGACUCCGGGCACGGAGGGCUGGAGGUUCACGGACUCUUCACAGGUGCGCUCCAACGCCAGUCUUAAGUUGGACUUUGCCGACCCCCCAAAGGAAAGGGAGGGUAAGAGUUCGCAGGACCCUGCUUGGGGGAAUUCGCUGGCGGACGACUACAAGGAUGAACUGUCGGACUUCACCAGCUCCAAGUCAGCCGCCCAGAUAAACUCAGACAUGGAGAGGAAAGAUGGGAACAGUAAGAGUACAGAGGUGCAGGCUGCACCGGGGACCAGAACCAUAUCAGUGGGUUUGCCUGAAAGUGAGGAAAACGCUGAUGUGAAAGGUAUCAUUGAGUCUACUCCUGAGCUGGACAUGGAGCUCAUCGCAUACAAACCCUGCAGUACUCCCACUAAAGGUAUUGAAAACAUGGCGUUUGACCGGAACACAGACUCGUUGUUCGAGGAGCUGUCCUCUGCAGGCACCGGGCUCAUUGGGGACGUAGACGAAGGGGCCGAUUUGCUCGACCUUAGUUUGAUUGGAAUGGGCCGGGAAGUUGAAAAUCUCAUCCAGGAGAAUUCACAACUGCUUGAAACAAAGAACGCCUUAAACGUGGUGAACAAAGACCUGAUCCUGAGGGUGGACGAGUUAACCUGCGAGAGGGAGAUGCUGCAGGGGGAGUUAGAGGCUCUGCUUCAGGCCAAAAACAAGCUGGAGGAGAAAACCAGAGAGCUGGAGGACGAGCUCAAAAAAGUACGACUGGAGGUGGAGGAAGUGAAACAGAAAAACAAAGACGAAGAAGAUAGCGAGGUGCCCACGGCUCAGAGGAAACGCUUCACCAGAGUGGAAAUGGCUCGAGUUUUAAUGGAGAGGAAUCAGUACAAGGAGCGACUGAUGGAGCUGCAGGAAGCUGUGCGGUGGACGGAGAUGAUCAGGGCUUCGAGAGAAAAUCCAGCGCUCACAGAGAAAAAGAAAUCCAGCAUCUGGCAGUUCUUCAGCAGACUGUUUAGCUCCUCCUCCAGCGCCCCCGCCAUGAAGAAGGUCGAGUACCAGUCCAACGUGAAGUACAACACCCCGGGCAGCUUGGUGAAGAGGAGCAGCACCUUCUCACAGUUCCCCACGGAGAAGUCUAAGACGUUUGACUUUCUCAACGAGGGGACGGACCAGUGCAGCUCACCCUCGAGAAAGGAGCAGAAGAAAGCUCAGUACCAACAAGUGAAGGCCCACAUGCAAAAAGAAGAUGGACGUGUCACCGUGCAUGGCUGGAGCCUGCCCAGCAAACACAAGGUUGCAAAUGGGACCCAAGUGGAGAACAAGAUCAAUCUACCAGUACCAGUUUACCUGCGACCUUUGGACAAGGAAGACGCUUCUUUAAAGCUGUGGUGUGCUGCGGGGGUCAACCUGUCUGGGGGUCGAACGGUUUUCGCAUCCGAGCUCAACAAGCAGACGAAGGGUUCACAGUGCAGCCUGGACCAGUUGGAGCAGGAGUCCAAGAACCAGGAGAAAGGUGAAAAGGAGCUGGUUCUUCAGGAGGACGUGUCCAGUACAGUGUGGGUGUGCAUGAGCACCAACUCCUCCACCAAGGUCUUGGUUCUGGACGCCACUCAGCCCACCGAACUGCUCGACAGCUUUUACGCCUGCAACUCGCACGUUGUCUGUAUUGCUAGUGUACCUGGCGUGUUGGAUACGGAUUACCCAGGAGGAGAUGGGGUGUCCCAGGACUCAGAGGCCAGCCAAGGUGAUGGAGCGUCACUGGCCGGUAGCGUUGCAAGCGUGGGCUCGACAGGCAGCGAUGGUGCCAUGGCAACAGAUGGCGUCACCGCCGUCGCUCAGACCGCCAGCUCAGGUGUCGCUGAGCAGCUGGUGGAGUUCAGUGCUGUGUCAGGCUCAGUCGAGCUGUCCAGAGAGACGAGUCCGGCCGAGGAUGGGGUUCCUACAGCCGAGGAGGCAACAGAAGCAACUGAGGCGACCGCUGGUGCGGGCAUGGAAGGAGAGGAGGAGCAGGGAGCCUAUCCAAACCAACAGGGGAUUUACACGGAGCAUGUCUUCACCGACCCUCUGGGGGUGGGACCCACCGACUCCUGUCCUGCUGAAGCCCAGAGGGGCUCAGGGCAGGACGGUGGGUCGUCUCUGUCAGAAGACGUGGAGACAUCAGAGGGUGAAGUCCUGAGGACGAGCAGCGCUCUGCCCACCAUCUGGCUCGGAGCUCAGAACGGAUGUCUUUAUGUGCACUCGUCUGUGGCAAGAUGGAGGAAGUGUCUUCAUGCCAUCAGGCUAAAGGACUCCAUCCUCAGCAUAGUGCACGUUAAAGGGAGGGUCCUGGUAGCUUUGGCUGAUGGGACAUUAGCAAUUUUCCACAGAGGCACUGAUGGUCAGUGGGAUCUAACCAACUACCACCUGUUGGAUCUGGGCCGCCCCCAUCACUCCAUCCGCUGCAUGACUGUAGUCCAUGACAAGGUGUGGUGCGGCUACAGAAACAAGAUCUAUGUUAUCCAGCCCAAAGCCAUGAGGAUAGAGAAGUCUUUCGACGCUCAUCCUCGCAAAGAGAGCCAAGUACGUCAGCUAGCUUGGGUUGGCGAUGGCAUCUGGGUGUCCAUCCGCCUGGAUUCAACUCUGCGCCUGUUUCAUGCUCACACCUACCAGCACCUGCAAGAUGUGGACAUUGAGCCUUACGUCAGCAAGAUGCUGGGAACGGGUAAACUGGGUUUCUCUUUCGUGAGAAUCACGGCUCUGGUGGUGUCCUGCAGCCGCCUGUGGGUGGGAACAGGAAACGGAGUCAUCAUCUCUAUCCCGCUAUCUGAAGUCUGCGCUUGUUCUCAUCAGCCGGUUUUAUUUGUGUCUUUUUAUUCUUCAGCUAACAAGACAACGGGAGUAGUGCCAAAUCGACCCGGCAGCGCCGUGCGGGUGUACGGCGACGACGGUUCAGACGUGCUGGGCAGCUUCGUGCCGUACUGCUCCAUGGCCCACGCCCAGCUUUGUUUUCAUGGACACCGAGACGCCGUCAAGUUUUUUGUCACUGUGCCAGGUCAGGCGAUGCCGCCUCCAGGCAGUGCAGAUUCAGGCUCUGAUGAACCGGCGUCUGAAUCCUCUGAUACGGCAGCAUCCGAGCCCCAAACGUACCUGAUCAUGAGCGGAGGGGAAGGAUACAUCGACUUCAGAAUCGGGGACGAAGGCAGCGAGUUGGAUGGUUUGUCGGAGCAGACCGCCAACCAGUCGGCGCCCACCAAGGCCGAGCGGAGCCACCUGAUCGUCUGGCAGGUCACCACUUCGCCUGAUUAAAAACCACCUCAGACUCUUUCCUUCAAACUCCAGGACCGUCCAGCAUCCCAUCAUGCCCUGCUCCGAGUUUUUAAGUUCCUUUUAUUAUUUCCACCCCUUUUACGCCUGCAUAGACGAUUACUUUGUUAAGAAAAAGAGAAGAAAACAAACAAAAAUAAUUAUUUUUAGUGAUUGUUUUGUACAUUUGAAGCUGCAGGGUGUGUUAAUUUAAAGAAUGCGCCCGGGGCGUUCGUCUGCUGGGCUGCAUGUCGCAACAACGGGUUCAGGUUGAGGCAGUUUGAUCAGGUCAAAGUUUUCUAAAAAUAUAUGGGGGAAAAAUAGCUGUGAAAGAGAUGAUGUCUUAUUUUUAGCAGUUUUGCAGCCAGUACAAGAUCAUCUCUUUAUUUUUUCCUGAUUUGUUCAGUCCGAGCUGAACGUUAAAGCCCACAGUUUGAAAGUUAAAUUUUUUUUUAGUUAUUUAGGCAUUUAAAGUGGAUUACGCUGCUGUUUUGUGUAGUGUUUUUAUUCAAGAAGCAGCUUGCAGCGAGUGAUGAAGCAGACGUCCUCUCAGCUGUGUGUUGAGCUCCAGGUAAUCCAAACAGACUCAAUUAAAGCUGAUAUGAGGAGAUUUCUCAAUUUUAAACUGAAACGUACAUUUUAUAACUCAAACUUGGCACUUUUCAGUUUAAAAUGGAGAAAACUGAGAGACAAAAUGUCCAAGAACAAGUUUGUUGGAGGUUGGAAUUAGAGUUGGAAUGCCACAGGUUUAUGUUGUACAAGGGAUAUUUUAAGCACUUUGAAUCGUUUUUAGUUUUACUGUGAAUAGAAGGAGUGGGUUAGUGUUCGCCUACAUGAGGAAUCCUCACUAAAGUGUGUUUGUUCUCCUGCUCGGUCAUUCAAGCCUGAACUUCUGCCCCGUGUGAAGGAACGGCUGCCAACAGCUCAGUGCUUCCUGCUCGCCUCUCAGCUCAUCGGCACUUUAAAACGUUCGGUGUUGACUCUCGUAAAGUCCGGAGGAACAUGCGUGUAAAUAAUGUAAUCAGCACUGCUGUCUCCUCACUGUGUGAUGACCAAAAGAAGGAGGAAGGAACCAGAAACUCGUUCAUUUGGGACUCCAGUUUUAGAGUUCAUUUGUUUAUUUUUUUUAGUUUUACCAGGGA